GAAAAGGUUCUGGUUUUGGUCAAUUUAUCACCGGUAGUCUCCGUACAAGAUGCUGUACUAAGUGUCUUUUGUUCGUUAACAUUGAUUGGAAGUAUGCUACUUCAAUACAUAAUCUACUUAAUAUCGCGACCGAAGCUGAAAAUUAG